UUUAACGCUCGUACGACAGUAAGUGAUCAUUUCCUGAAGUAUUUCACCUCUUCACUCCCAGAGAACAUGAGCUUGAACGAACUGAUGACAUGAUGGCGUUUUACAGAGUAGAAUCGGUUUCUCCUGCCCUGUGUGUGCGUGUUAUUAAGCACGGUGGUUGUGUGUGCGGAGUUCACCGUGGGGAAACACAGUACAACAGGGACAAGCUGCUGCAAGGUCAAGGUGUGGACACGCCCUUGUCAGAAACGGGUCUCCAGCAGGCUGACGCGGUGGGACGAUACCUCCGAGGCAUCACGUUCAACGACGUGUUUGCCAGUGACCUCCAACGAGCCGUACGGACAGCUGAAAUCAUUUUGAAGAACAGCACUCAUUCUUCUGGCCCUGAGAUGGUUUUGGAGCCGUUACUCAGAGAGCGGGGUUUUGGUGUCGCUGAAGGACGUCCCAAAGAUGAUCUGAAGAACAUGGCUAACGCUGCAGGUCAGUCGUGCCGUGACUACACCCCCCCAGGAGGAGAGACUUUGGACCAGGUAAAGCUGCGAUUCAAAAAAUUCCUCAAAGUCCUUUUCAAGCGAAUGCUGGACGAACACUGCCUGUCGGCGGCAGACGCCCCCGCGCGAGCGUCAGAACCCGAAGGCGCGGCAAACGGGGCCGAAGCCCCCGGGUCGGGUGCCGCGGACGACGGCCUCCCCGGGGUGCCGGUCCACGCUCUGGUCGUGAGCCACGGCGCUUACAUCCGCGUGGCCGUCAAGCACCUGGUGGAGGACUUAAAGAGCUCGCUGCCCGCCGGGGUGAAGAUGUCCCAGCUGUUCUCGCCCUCGCCGAACACGGGCGUCAGCCGCUUCGUGUUCACCCUGAGCCGGGGCGAGGGCGGGCCCGUCCUGGCGGCUUGCCGCUGCGUCUUCACCAACAGGAAGGAUCACCUGGGAAAACUCCCGGCGGCCGAAUAGUGGAAAGGGACAGAAAUGUUUACGUGCACAUGUACGCAGUCUCUAAUGAUACAAUCACAAGGACUCAAGGGUCUAUACGAGUUACCAAAGGUAACUGAAUACACUAAUGCACCUGAUAAAUUAACUUAAUAAUCUAUAGAGUUUUAUUGUGUGCCGAGUAAGAAUAAGUGCAGUACUGUGUCUUCAAGUAGUGUCAUCAUCGUCCCAACUGCAUGCCAGUGAGGACAUGUCUUAUUACCUCUUUUAUCAUGUCAUGCCAAAGUCUGAACUAUUUAACGUGGCGUCGAUACGUCUGUGCGUGUGGCAUUUUCAUGUUGACGCGUCGCCUCCGAUGCUGCUCAUUUUAUUGUGCAAUACAACGUGUUAACACUUGAAGCUGUGAGUUUUACACACGUGAAUAAUACAAGAAGCUCACUACACAA